AUGAACUGAACACUCGCUUAAAACUGCACUGAUGAUUAUUAGUGUGUGACACCGACACACACACACACACAAAGAUGUCUCUGAUUCUAAUGCUGUGGACACUCGGUCUGCUCGCUCAAGUGUCUCAUCAAGAGGUUCAGUCUCCUGAGUCUCUGAGUGUUAAAGCAGGAGAGUCAGUCUCUAUGAGCUGCACUGGGACCAGUGGAGUUGGUGCUGACAUGAGCUGGUAUCUGCAGAAACCUGGAGAAGCUCCUAAACUCCUGAUCUAUACAGCAAGUGAACUUGAAUCUGGUGUCCCAGAUCGGUUCAGUGGAAGUGGAUAUGAACCUGAUUUUACACUGAACAUUCGUGGAGUCCAGCCUGAGGAUGCAGGAGUUUAUUACUGUAUGGGGGUAUACAGCAGUGACAGGCGCACGUUCGGUGGAGGAACUCGACUCUCAGUUGGAACUGCCACUCGUCCCACUCUCACAGUCCUGCCGCCCUCCAGAGACGAGCUGCAGCAGGGUAAGGCUACAGUGGUGUGUGUGGGCAGUAAGGGAUUCCCCUCUGACUGGAAGCUGAGCUGGAAGGUGGAUGGCAGCAGCAGGAGCUCUGCUGUGAAUCUGAGUCCCAGUGUGCUGCAGAAGGAUGGACUGUACAGCUGGAGCAGCAGCCUGAGCCUCACUGAGAGUGAGUGGAGGAGAGCAACAACCAUCAGCUGUGACGCCACGUACCCAUCCCAGAAUGCAGUGACCGAGAGCCUGAACACACAGCAGUGUGAUGACCAGUGUAACUCUGUGUCAGUUUUAGUGCAGGAGGUUUUUGUACAGCCGCUGAUUGGGUUUGUAUCACUGUGGCGCACGUUCGGUGGAGGAACUCGACUCUCAGUUGGAACUGCCACUCGUCCCACUCUCACGGUCCUGCCGCCCUCCAGAGACGAGCUGCAGCAGGGUAAGGCUACAGUGGUGUGUGUGGGCAGUAAGGGAUUCCCCUCUGACUGGAAGCUGAGCUGGAAGGUGGAUGGCAGCAGCAGGAGCUCUGCUGUGAAUCUGAGUCCCAGUGUGCUGCAGAAGGAUGGACUGUACAGCUGGAGCAGCAGCCUGAGCCUCACUGAGAGUGAGUGGAGGAGAGCAACAACCAUCAGCUGUGACGCCACGCACCCAUCCCAGAAUGCAGUGACCGAGAGCCUGAACACACAGCAGUGUGAUGACCAGUGAAACACACAAAGAUCACACAUAGAUUAUAGGCAUGCAUAAUUAAUUUACACACACGCGCACACACACACACACACACACACACACACACACACACACACACACACACAUAAACUAUUAUAAAGGAAUGUCCUAAAUCUUUCAUCCUGUUAGUAUUUUGUUCUUCUUAUCUGUUGUAACAGCAAUGAUGUGUUUGUUUGUUUUUUGCUUCCUAAUAAAAGCAUUUUGACUCAAA